AGUUGCUGGGAAUUUACAAAAAAUACAAUCACAUACUCCUACCCCAAAAUGGUAUCAUUGUUAAAAAUGUUUAUGUUUUUUAUAGUAAGACUGGUUUCUGGAAAGUACCAACAGUUUAAAUACAAUUACCCAACAGUCUGUAUAAAGAAAUAAUAUGUAAGUACACACAAAAUGUCAAUAAUUGUAAGAAGUAAAGAUAAACAAAUGAAGUGAACUUGAUGUAUUUAAUGAUCGUUGUUUGGAAUGAGUUGAGCCACAUUGACUGAUGCUGAGGGAUCAGUGGGACUAAUAAUGAUAGCGAGUGCAAGUAAGUAGUCCAAAAGUAUGUUUUAGUGUUGAAGUACUUGUGCAAACGUGCUGAGUGGGCAGCGGGCGGUCAAAGAGUUACACACGAGCAAUGAUGAGAUGCACGUCGUCAUAGCAAUGGUGCGAGAGCACAGGAAGCUUCCAGCGCCGGCUCAGUGGGAAAGUAGCAAGGACAGGAGAAGGAUGCUGCCUUUGGUCUCCUCACGGGCGAAAGGUGCUGGACUCCAUGAACUAACCUUGUCUGUCUUCUAGUGUUGCUGGCAGCGUCAGGUAGUUCCUCCUCAAGAUCUCCUCCAGCUGUCCGUCUUGUCAGGUAGUUCCUCCUCGAGAUCUCCUCAAGAUCUCCUCCAGCCGUCCUCCUCGUCAGGUAGUUCCUCCUCAAGAUCUCCUCCAGCCGUCCUCCUUGUCCCACACACACACAAGCUGAUACUUGCCGGAAGCUUGAUGGAGCGAGGUGGACGGGUGCUGCUGUGAGGAAGUGUGGAGCGUGUGUGCAACAGCACUUACUUACUUACUUACUUCACAGUCUGCUGGAGAGAAGACGGCGGACACGGCGGUCCCUCAGCUCAGCUUCUUCAAGAUAACAACACUCAAGACCUCCUGACAGCUUGAACACAACCAAAGUUUCCCAGGAGACCUCCCUUCUGGACCAGGUUCUGGAGCUGAUUAUGAAAGAGAAGCCCCCAUCCACCAGCGCCAGUCUCUUCCUGAACGAGGACGCGGACAAACCCCCGGCGAGCGAGCGAGGACACCUGCGGAGGAGAGUGCUCGCCGCCAUGGAGAGGAGAGCCGGCGGCAUGAAGGCCAGGUUGAACGUCAUCAACAAGGAGAACGUCAAAGGUUUCCUCAAAAGAAACCUCUUUGUUUUGGUGACGGUCGCUGCUGUGUUUCUGGGCAUCAUUGUGGGCUUCGCUCUGCGCUCCCGCAACUUGACCCUGAGAGAGAUCAAGUACUUUGCCUUCCCUGGCGAGCUGCUGAUGAGGAUGCUUCAGAUGAUCGUGAUGCCGCUCAUCGUCUCCAGUCUGGUCACAGGAAUGUCCUCCCUGGACAGCAAAGCCUCGGGUAAGAUGGGCCUGCGCGCCGUGGUCUACUACAUGGUGACCACGCUGAUGGCCGUCUUCAUCGGUAUCGUGGUGGUGAUCAUCAUCCAGCCGGGCAGAGGCAGCAUGGACAAACCGGUUGUCAAUGGUGGAAACGCCGAACAGGUCCAGGCUUUAGAUGCGUUGCUGGAUCUCAUCAGGAACAUGUUCCCGCCGAAUCUUGUUGAAUCUUGUUUCAAACAGUACAAAACUUUGUACAAGAACGUGACCGUGAGAGUCACAAUCGAUGUGCUCAAUACGUCGGACGCUAACGAGAACGUCAGCAGGCUGCUUCGUACCAGCCAGGAGAAGCAGGAAAUGGUGCCCGUGCCGGGGUCCUCAAGCGGCGUCAACGCUCUGGGCCUGGUGGUCUUCUCCACCUGCUUCGGUCUGGUCGUCGGCCACAUGAAGAAACAGGGCCAGCCUCUCAGGGACUUCUUUGACUGCCUCAACGAAGCCAUCAUGAGGCUGGUGGCCGUCAUCGUCUGGUACGCCCCAGUCGGCAUCCUCUUCCUGAUUGCCGGGAAGAUCGUGGAGAUGAAGAAUGUGGCAGAAAUGGGCAACCAGCUGGGCAUGUACACCUUGUCGGUCAUUGUUGGUCUUCUCAUCCACGGCCUCAUCGUCCUGCCGAUGCUCUACUUCCUGGUGACCAGGAAGAACCCCUUCAUCUUCAUCGGAGGCAUACUGCAGGCUCUCAUCACCGCCCUGGGCACCUCCUCCAGCUCCGCCACUCUGCCCAUCACCUUCCGCUGCCUGGAACAGAACAUCCGCGUGGACAAACGGGUGACGCGCUUCGUCCUGCCCGUGGGCGCAACCAUCAACAUGGACGGCACCGCCCUCUACGAAGCUGUGGCGGCCAUCUUUAUUGCCCAAGUCAAUGACAUGAACCUGAACUUUGGCCAGAUUCUCACCAUCAGUAUCACGGCAACCGCCGCCAGCAUCGGAGCAGCAGGCAUCCCCCAUGCUGGCCUGGUUACCAUGGUGAUUGUAUUGACAUCGGUGGGACUGCCCACAGAGGACAUAACGCUCAUCAUCGCAGUGGAUUGGUUACUGGACCGCCUGCGGACCACCGUCAACGUGCUGGGCGACUCGCUCGGGGCGGGCGUCUUGGAGCACCUGUGUCGCGCCGAGUUGCAAAGUCAGGACGAGGAGGUGCGCAACUCGGUCAUCGAAGAGAACGAGAAGCCCUACCAGCUCAUCUGCCAGGAGAACCAGGUGGUGCAAAACCACAACAGCGAAACCACCAUGUGACCACGCACAUCCCAAAAUGCUUCACCGUAAGCCCCUGGUGGUGGUGUUUUCACCCCGGGGUAAUGACGCCACACCUUUGUGCAGAUGGCUGCACUGCCCCAGAAAUCGGAGAAAGGACAGGGAGAGUUCCACAGGAAGGAAAUUACUUUCAAACUUUUAAGCAGGGGUCUCAAACUCACUUUACCUGGGGGGGGGCACUGGAUGCAGAGUCUGGGUGAGGCUGGGCCGCGAGAAAAGAUUUCUUAAAAAAAUAAUUUUAAAUGUCUUUAUUUUUAUUUUCAACACCAAAUAAAAUCAAAAUAUAAAUGAACAAAAUGAGAAUUAAAAAAGGUGAGGCAAUGCAAAUUAAAAAAACCCCACAAAUAACGGUAUGAAUUGGUCCAGGUUAUCGGGGACUGUUAUUACUGACGGACAGGUGUCGCGGUGUGACUGCAGCCAGGCACGUAAGAAAACCCUCAUCUCCAUGGCAACGUCUCUGCCGCUUUCACUCAUUUGCCGCUUUUCCACUAUUGCAGGGGUAGGCAACCCAGAACGUUGAAAUAGCCAUUUUGGAGCCAAAUAACACAACGUUGUCAAGCACUAUUCGUAUGAAACUUGCAGGUCGCACUAACAUUAAACUUUCAUAAUAAGGUGGGGGCCGCUAAAUAACGUCUCUUGGGCCGCAAUUGACCCGCAGGCCGCGUGUCUGAGACCCCUGCUUUUAAGGGAGUAUUAGGGCAGUAAAAACAUUUAAUUUAAAGGCCUACUGAAAGCCACUACUAGCGACCACGCAGUCUGAUAGUUUAUACAUCAAUGAUGAAAUAUUAACAUUGCAACACAUGCCAAUACGGCCGCUUUAGUUUACUAAAUUACAAUUUUAAAUUUCCCGCGCAGUUUCUUGUUGAAAAUGUAGCGGAAUGAUGACGCGUGUUUGUGACGUUAUUGGUCAGAGGCGACAUAUUAGCCAGCACCACUUACGGCUAAAAGUCGUCUCUUUUUAUCACAUAAUUACACAGUAAUUUGGACAUCUGUGUUGCUGAAUAUUUUGCAAUUUUUUCAAUUAAUAAUGGAGACGUCAAAGAAGAAUGCUGUUGGUGGAAAGCGGUGGAUUGCAGCUGUCUUUAGCACCGAAACAAAGCUGGUGUUUGUUUGUUGUGAAGCUUUAACACAGAGCGGUCAAGGGAACAUGUUUCUCUAUGUCAACCAGCAUGUUUUUGGAUGGGAAAAUUGUGAUAUAUAUCUUACUGGAGACAUCAGUGGAUUAUGCAUCCUCCUGAAGUCAAAAAGUCAGCUGUGAGGUUGGCUCCUCUGCUUCUCUCUGAGACGCUGGCAUGUUCACCGCACCCCUCCGACUAAAACAAUCUUUUUAAAUGUCUUUAUUUUUAUUUUCAACAGCAAAUAAAAUCAAAAUAUAAAUGAACAAAAGGAGAAUUAAGAAAUGUGAGGCAAUGCUAAUUAAAUAAUUAAAAAAAUAACUGUUUGAUUUGGUCCAGGUUGUCGGGGACUGUUAUUACUGACGGACAGGUGUCGCGGUGUGACUGCAGCCAGGCAUGUAAGAAAACCCUCGUCUCCAUGGCAACGUCUCUGUCGCUUUCACUCAUUUGCCGCUUUUCCACUAUUGCAGGGGUAGGCAACCCAGAACGUUGAAAGAGCCAUUUUGGACCCAAAUAACAACGCUGUCAAGCGCUAUUCGUAUAAAACUUGCAGGUCGCACUAACAUUAAACUUUCAUAUUAAGGUAGGGGCCGCAAAAUAUCGUCUCGCGUGUCUGAGACCCCUGUUUUUAAGGGAGUAUUAGGGCAGUAAAAACAUUUAAUUUAAAGUCCUACUGAAAGCCACUACUAGCGACCACACAGUCUGAUAGUUUAUAUAUCAAUGAUGAAAUAUUAACAUUGCAACACAUGCCAAUACGGACGCUUUAGUUUACUAAAUUACAACUUUAAAUUUCCUGCGCAGUUUCUCGUUGAAAACGUAGCGGAAUGAUGACUCUUAUGAUGAUGUGUGUUUGUAACGUUAUUGGUUGGAGGGGACAUAUUAUCCCAGCAACACACACGGCUAAAAGUCGUCUCUUUUCAUCGCAUAAUUACACAGUAAUUUGAACAUCUGUGUUGCUGAAUCUUUUGGAAUUUGUUCAAUUAAUAAUGGAGACGUCAAAGAAGAAUACUGUUGGUGGAAAGCGGUGUUUUGCAGCUGUCUUUAGCACCGAGACACAGCCGGUGUUUGUUUGUUGUGAAGCUUUAACACAGAGUGUUCAAGCGAACAUGUUUCUCUACGUCAACCAACAAGCUUUUGGAUGGGAAAAUUGUGAUAUAUAUCUUACUGGAGACAUCAGUGGAUUAUGCAUCCUCCUGAAGUCAAAAAGUCAGCUGUGAGGUUGGCUCCUCUGCUUCUCUCUGAGACGCUGGCAUGUUCACCGCACCCCUCCGACUAAAAAAAUCUUUUUAAAUGUCUUUAUUUUUAUUUUCAACAGCAAAUAAAAUCAAAAUAUAAAUGAACAAAAGGAGAAUUAAGAAAUGUGAGGCAAUGCAAAUUAAAUAAUAAAAAAAUAACGGUUUGAUUUGGUCCAGGUUGUCGGGGACUGUUAUUACUGACGGACAGGUGUCGCGGUGUGACUGCAGCCAGGCACGUAAGAAUACCCUCGUCUCCAUGGCAACGUCUCUGUCGCUUUCACUCAUUUGCCGCUUUUCCACUAGUGCAGAGGUAGGCAACCCAGAACGUUGAAAGAGCCAUUUUGGACCCAAAUAACAACGCUGUCAAGCACUAUUCGUAUGAAACUUGCGGGCCGCGCUAACAUUAAACUUUCAUAUUAAGGUGGGGGCCGCAAAAUAACGUCUCGCAGGCCGCGUGUCUGAGACCCCUGCUUUUAAGGGAGUAUUAGGGCAGUAAAAACAUUUAAAGUCCUACUGAAACCCACUACUAGCGACCACACAGUCUGAUAGUUUAUACAUCAAUGAUGAAAUAUUAACAUUGCAACACAUGCCAAUACGGCCGCUUUAGUUUACUAAAUUACAAUUUUAAAUUUCCUGCGAAGUUUCUUGUUGAAAAUGUAGCGGAAUGAUGACGCUUAUGAUGACGCGUGUUUGCAAUGUUAUUGGUUGGAGGGGACAUAUCAGCCCAGCUCCACUUACGGCUAAAGUCGUCUCUUUUCAUCACAUAAUUACACAGUAAUUUGGACAUCUGCGUUACUUACUGAAUCUUUUGCAGUUUGUUCAAUUAAUAAUGGAGACGUCAAAGAAGAAUGCUGUUGGUGGAAAGCAGUGUAUUGCAGCUGUCUUUAGCACCAAAACACAGCCGGUGUUUGUUUGUUGUGAAGCUUUAACACAGAGCGGUCAAGCGAAUAUGUUCCUCUACGUCAACCAACAUGUUUUUGGAUGGGAAAAUUGUGAUAUAUAUCUUACCGGAGACAUCAGUGGAUUAAGCUUCCUCCUGAAGUCAAAAAGUCAGCUGGGAGGUUGGCUCCUCUGCUUCUCUCUGAGACGCUGGCAUGUUCACCGCACCCCUCUGACUAAAAAAAUAAUUUUAAAUGUCUUUAUUUUUAUUUUCAACGCCAAAUGAAAUCCAAAUAUAAAUGAACAAAAGGAGAAUUAAGAAAUGUGAGGCAAUGCAAAUGAAAUAAUAAAAUAACGGUUUGAUUUGGUCCAGGUUAUCGGGGACUGUUAUUACUGACGGACAGGUGUGGCGGUGUGACUGCAGCCAGGCAUGUAAGAAAACCCUCGUCUCCAUGGCAACGUCUCUGUCGCUUUCACUCAUUUGCCGCUUUUCCACUAUUGCAGGGGUAGGCAACCCAGAACGUUGAAAUAGCCAUUUUGGAGCCAAAUAACAACGCUGUCAAGCGCUAUUCGUAUGAAACUUGCGGGCCGCGCUAACAUUAAACUUUCAUAUUAAGGUGGGGGCCGCAAAAUAACGUCUCGCAGGCCGCGUGUCUGAGACCCCUGCUUUUAAGGGAGUAUUAGGGCAGGACUGAUAAAGUGCUAAUGUGCAAUAAAAACAUUUAAUUAAUUUUUUCAGACCACGUAGUCUGAUAGUUUAUAUAUCAAUGAUGAAAUAUUAACACUGCAACACAUGACAAUACGGCCUUUUUAGUUUACUAAAUUACAAUUUUAAAUUUCCUGCGCAGUUUCUUGUUGAAAACGUCGCGGAAUGAUGACGCUUAUGAUGAUGUGUGUUUGUAACGUUAUUGGUCAGAGGGGACAUAUUAGCCCAGCUCCACUUACGGCUAAAAGUCGUCUCUUUUCAUCACAUAAUUACACAGUAAUUUGGACACCUGUGUUGCUGAAUAUUUUUCAAUUUGUUCAAUUAAUAAUGGAGACGUCAAAGAAGAAUGCUGUUGGUGGAAAGCGGUGGAUUGCAGCUGUCUUUAGCACCGAAACAAAGCUGGUGUUUCUUUGUUUGUUGUGAAGCUUUAACACAGAGCGGUCAAGCGAACAUGUUUCUCUAUGUCAACCAGUAAGAAGGUGCGCUUGUUUUAUGCCUCUGUGAGAAGGAGAGACAAGAAGAGCAUGUAGUUUAAUGCCCGCAGCUAAAAGCAACUGUGUGAGAAUGUUAACUCCAAUAUCACCAUAUAGACAUUUUCUAUUUUGCACAGAGACAAACCUGCGAUAUAUGGAGUAUAUUCGAUAUAUGGAGUAUAUUCGAUAUAUGGAGUAUAUUCGAUAUAUGGCCCAGCCCUAAUUCCAGCGAGUUACCGGUAAUCCAUUUUUGGGGGGAAUUGAAAGGAUUAUUAUGAUGCAGUGAUAACAGUCCUAGGUGGAUGUGGGAGGAGUCUCUGCAGAUUUUCCGAGCCCUGGUCAGGCAGCGGCUUUUUGCGAGCUCUAUUUCCUCUUGUUAAAAUGAUUGUUUUUACAUAAAAAAAAUUGUUUUGCCACUAUUUAACGCUAUCUUAACUUUAAUCCUGAGUUGUAGAAUUGAACUCACCACUCCUCCCUCCCAAAAAUAUGUUGCUAUCAUAAUAUUGCAAAUAAUGGUGAAUAUAUUUGUAUGUUUAGAUAUUGUUUGUUGUUGGGUUUUUUGCCAUUUUUUAAUUGUAAAAUCCUUUAAUCAUAUUAACUAUAAGAUAAUAACUUUUGUUUAGAAAAUAUUUGUAAAACUAUUCAAUUUUCACGUAAGAUUCUGAUAUUUGUAUUCAUCACAUUACAAUUUUACUCUCAUAAAAUUCAGAUGCCCCCACCCCUCUGUUUGUUAUUCUCAUAAAACUUUUAAUUUUUUUCUCAUAAAAUAAUAAAACUUUAUUCAUUAAAAUGUAUAAACCCUCCCCACCCCCGUCAUAAAAUUACUACUUUUUGUGAAAAUAUUCUUAUUUUUAGUGAAGUGAAUUAUAUUUAUAUAGCGCUUUUCUCUAGUGACUCAAAGCGCUUUACAUAGUGAAACCCAAUAUCUAAGUUACAUUUAAAGCAGUGUGGGUGGCACUGGGAGCAGGUGGGUAAAGUGUCUUGCCCAAGGACACAAUGGCAGUGACUAGGUUGGCACAAGCGGGAAUCAAACCUGCAACCCUCAAGUUGCUGACAUGGCCACUCUACCAACCGAGCUAUGCCGCCCCAUUUUUAGAUAUUUUUGUUUAUAAACAUUUCUGUUUCUCAUAAAAAAAAUGUUAUUUUUAUUGUGGAACUAGUUCAUUUUAAUGCUACUUAACUGUAACUUAAUUAUCAUAAAAUAGUGGGCUGGGUUCAGAUGUAUUUACUCUUCCAAUUACAAAAUUACCCUUAUAAAAUUAUUACUUUUCUCCCCCCAGUUGAACUGCAACUUUAAUCUUUAUUUCUUGAUUAAAUUCUUGUAAAGAUAUAUUGUUUUUCUAGUAUAAUUCUUGUAAUUAUACUAGAUAUAAUAUAAUUACUUAAUUAUGAUUUUAAAAAUAUAUAUUUAUAUAUUGCAAUAUGACAACUUUUAUCUCCCAAUUCCACAAUAUUUUCACAAUAUUUCAGGUCGAUGUGUUUUUCCUUAAAGUGUGGCCAUAAUACUCCUUUGUAAACAAAAGUAAUGCAAGCCACACUUAUUAAUUCACAUAAAUACAUUUUCCAAUUGCUUUGCCACCAAAGAGUUGGAAUUAUCUUUUAUUUAUUAUGUUAGUUUGUGUUCUUUCUGAUCCAUAAAAUGCUACCACUGACUGUCAUUCAAAAACAAAUCUAUGACUGGAGGAAUAUAAGCUGCAUUGCUGCCAUUGUAAAGAAUAUUGAACUAUUUCCGCUGCAUGAUUUUUCCAUCUGCAAAUAAUCAUAACUACCUCUAAAAUAAAGCAACUUCUGCAGUGUGAUAGAGUAAUUGUGCAUUUUGUAAUUAUUUUAAAAUGUCUGAACACCCUUGACUGUUAAACAUUAGACUCUACUACCUAUACUUUUCAUUUUAUAGUCACAUUAAAAUGUGUUUUUAUGCUUCAGCUAUGAAUAAGCAGGUAAAGAAGGACACUAAUAGAAUAUUAGUAAUAUUUUGGUCUUUAUAUCCAGUAUACAUUUGCUAAAUAUCUUAUAUUUUAACACAAACAUAAUAGUGAUAUUUGUAAUUGUAAAAAUGUACUUUCUGGGAACUCCGUGCUUUUUGUGCAGAUUGCUAAAAAAACUUUACUUUGUAAUACUUAAUGUCCUUUCAUUAAAAUUGUCUCCAGGUGGACCUGCUGUUUGUUUUAAUGGAAUAAUGUGAUGUAUACAUGAAUGGCUCAGGAAUGAAUACAUGAUGCUGAUAAUUGUGUUUGUGGAGACCCCUGGUGGAGGAUAUUCUGCAAUGGGUCAAAUGUUACAUAAAUAAAUAGACAUGGUUUGCAAAGUCUACAGUAUGUCCACUUUAUUAAUGUCCUUGCUAUUUUUCUUAUACAUUAAAUAAAUAAAUGGGUUGUACUUGUAUAGCGCUUUUCUACCUUCAAGGUACUCAAAGCGCUUUGACACUACUUCCACAUUCACACACACAUUCACACAC